UACUAAAGCUCGUUGCUUGCGCAUCUCUCAGCUGAUUAUAUUGAGUUAUAAAAACAGAACAGCCGCUUAUAUUCCGCUUUACACAUCGGUGUGAACAUCGAAACAUUCAAAUAUCUUGCCACGUCUUCGUGCAUAUACCGUUUCCGUUGAGCAGAAAAAUUAUUUCGAAAUUGAAUGCAAACGAACAAUUUAAAACUACAAAUGAAACAAUAAUAAUCGCAAACCAAAAACAUCCGCCGUUGACGCCGCCACCGUCGUAGCCACAGUGUAAUAUUUGAAAGAAGAAUAAAAAACGCGUUCGCGAUCCAAAGAGGAAAUCAUUUAAUUUCGGUGCUAUUUUUAAAUGUGUUUGUGUGCGCUUAUUUUCAAUGUAAUUUGAAUACAAACGUUUCGGGUUUUUUUCCCAUUUGUCUGCAUAUUUCCUUGUAAAAGUAGCAAAGCCACACAGAACAACGGUAGCCACGCAUAAUUGAAAAUUAAAAGUAUAAAAAAGAUACAGUGCGAGGAGUUACCACAAUAACACAAUAAGAACACAAAUAAAAACAAAUGAGUUAAGAAUUAAAAAGCGUGAAGUUAACCGAACCAAUUUCGAACAGUUGAACUUUUAAACCGACGAUAUUCAAGAAACACCGCAUUCGAUCUGACGAUAUAAAGUGUACAAUAUACGCGAAUUUUAAUUAAAUUGAUAUAUUUCGAAGAGAGUAUAUUACAUUUCACGCACCAAAUACAAAUCAUACCAAAAUGAAUACCAAAAUGCGUCAAACAAUUUCCGGUGUUUUACUCAUAAUUUUAUUAUCAAAUACACACAAUUACGGUGCACAUGCCGAUGAUAAAACAAUUAACCGCCUACUAAACAAUCAAGCUAUCGUCAGUCGACAAAUAAUGUGUGUUUUAGAAAAAAGCCCAUGCGACCAAUUAGGCCGACAACUCAAAGCCGCUUUGCCCGAAGUCAUAUUACGGAAUUGUCGCAAUUGUUCCCCACAGCAGGCGCAAAAUGCUCAGAAAUUGACGAACUUCUUACAGACACGUUAUCCCGAUGUUUGGGCGAUGUUGAUUCGGAAAUAUCGUGGUGUCUAAAAUGUUAGAAGAAAGAGGAGAAAUCAUCAUGCAAAUAACACCACAUAAACACACAAACACUUCAUUUCUUUUUUCCAGAGAGCAUCAAGACACAACAGUGAACCAAUCAACUAUCGUCAUAGGCGUCGAAUGCAUUUGUUGUUUUGCACAUGGGAUAUUGUUACAAUAAUCCCCAAAAGCAUUCAACCGCAAAUCCAAUCGCACCGACACACAUAAACACACACAAACACCGCUACCUUUUUUGAACGCAAAAAUAUCAUGUCAUUUGCUAGGCAUAUGAAUACAAACAUUUUAAAUCUAUAUCCUAUUUACACGUCAAUCAAAUAACAUUUAACUUAAACUGAUUCUACCAAUACAAUGAUAUCUUUAUCCGAAUUUUAUCCAAACCAAAAUCAAGACCAAAAAUCCAAAAUAAAAUAAAAGAAUAAAAAAAUCUGUAUCUCAUCCAGACAUUAUAUUGAGAUAUUUUCAGGCAGCUGAAUCACUAACCAGACAAUAUAUUUGGAUUUUGUCAUCUAGAUAGUUCAUCUGGAUAACGUUGGGAGAUGAUACGGAGUGAAAACAAUAGAAGUGAUGUAUAGGUAUAAAAUACUACCAUAACUAUAACAAUCACUUCUAUUGUUUUCACUCCGUAUGUUGAUCUAACGUUAUCCAGAUGAACUGAAAUAUCCAGAUGACAAAAUCCAAAUAUAUUGUCUGUCACUAACUAAUGUCAGGCGCUGAAAUGGAGUGGAAACAAUCGAAACGAUGGUUAGAGUUACAAAAAUACUUUGAUUUUGUCCAUCACUAUAGCAAUCACUUCUAUUGUUUUCACUCCAUUUCAGCGUCUGACGUUAGCUGAAUCAGCUGCCGGAAAAUAUCUCAAUACAAUGUCUGAUCUCAUCAAACCGAUUCGUAGAUUGAACAUUAUAUCAAUGUAAACAUUAAAUCUGAAACAAUUUGACAGCAUUCUCCAAAUAUUUAUUGAAAACAAAAUAAAAUGAAUAAUUUAAAAUAAAAGUGAACAUAUAAAUUUAGCAAUUCAAUGUGCUCUAUGUUACUGAUUCAAUUCCAGUUGAAAUUUUUUAGCUCAUAAUAUAAGACAACACACAAAAACACACGUAUUAUCUAAAUAACAAACAAACAUGAAAUAUAUUCAAUCCAAAUUUAUUCGCAUCUAAAUGAAGAAUAUUCGUAAAUUGAUUCCAAAAAAUUUAAAUAACAACAAAACCGAGUAGAAGUUAAAUAAAAAUUUACUUAAAAAUAUAAA